AUGUCAACGGAAUUUUAUUUCUUUAAAAGAGCAGAGCGGAAUAGACUGGAAGAUAAUACAUUUUUGCCAUUGUGGGAACUUGUAGAGUCCUGGACUCAAAAUGACUGGAUGGCAAUCUUUUUUAUAAUUUUCCUAGGAAUUAUUUUUGAGAUAAUACUCAUAAAGAUUUAUACAUCCUUUCAUAAGAAACCUGUACUUCCAGAAAAAGGUAGUUCAGGGGCCCAGGAGGAUCAGUUCAUGUCCGCACCUAACCUAAUCACUUGGAAGUGGAACGAGAUUACUAUAGUUGAUGAGUUUUCAGUAAGAACAAUUACUUCAUCACUUAAAACUGAAGACAAGGAAGGUAACUUUGAAGAUAGAGUUUCACCAACAGAUGAAGUAAUAUGGUCAGGUACUAAUGAAAGUAAAUAUCAAGUAAGUUACUCUAGUGAAAGUCGUAUGCCAUCUUCACAUGGGACUAGCUCAUCUUUGUCACUGUUUCAUUCAGAAGUAAAGGAAUUUUUUCUUAGCCAUAGAGGAUAUGAAAAUGAACAUGAAACAGCACAAUUUUCAUCAAGGAAAUUAUUUGCAAUAUUGAAAACCAACAAAAAUAAAAAUCCAGCAUUUUCUUCUGACUUUAACUUUUCAAGACGCUCUAGCAUCUCUAGAGAAAGUGAAGGUCUAGAUAUGGCACCAUGUCCUCCUGCCCACUUAUUUCUUUCCAGAGACCAAGUCAGACUUCUGGAAGAAACUGUGAGAAAUCAAAUUCCUUUAAAACCCAAAACUAUAUUAGAGAGUAAAACUACUUAUCCAUACUCAAGACCUCAAGAGUCCUUGAUUCAAAAUCAACAUUCUUUUGGAAUGCAUAUUCAUACCCAAGCACAAGAUUCUUUUCCAGUACAAAAUGCUAUUCAGAAUCAAGGUUUUCAUGAAGCCAGAUUUACUAGUCAAGCCCAACAAUUUGUUAACAACCAAGAAUCAGUCAACAGCCAGCCUGAUAUCAUGGCCAGGUAUUUUGCUCUGCCCCAAGAUUUGAUUAGGAAGCCGUUUUCCAGCAGCACACAAGACUCCUUCCAGACCCAAGUUAUGGGCAGAAGCCAACAUUUGGUUAAUGUCCCACAUUCUGUUGAGACUCAACAUUCAAUCAAGGGCUUAGAGUCUGAUAAUAAACACUUACAUGAGACCCAAUAUUCUCCUAUUUGGUUUGAAGAUUCAAACCAGAUUAAACAUUUAACGCAGGGGCAAAAUGCUAUUUUUAAGAAUGCCAGAUUUCUAGUUUUAACUGUAAGUCCAAAUUCAUUUGCAGAAGGGAUGCUCCAAAUAAGGAGUGUAAAGCCAGAGGGCCAGAAACAAAUUGCUUCUUCAGAAUUAAACCAGUAUUCUGUAUAUAGCUCAGUGCCUCUUUCACUUACCUUUAAAAGGCAGAAAAACUGGAGAAAAGCAUUACACGGUAAAAGUAAACUUAGUCGCAAAGUUUCAUCUCAAAAGUCGAAGAAACCACCAACUCCAUGGGUAUUUCAAAUGACAGUAUGCCACACUUCAAAACCUGGCAAGUUAGGAUGCAAGUAUAAUGCUAAGAAGAAAGAAUUACAUCCAAGGAAAGGUGUAUCAGAUAUAGCUUUGCAUCUUCUUUACUUUUCCAAGCUUGUUCCUCCUUAUAUUAAGAGGUAUUCCAGAAAAAAACUAGUAGAAGUCAUGCCAGGUGUAACAGGACGUAGACAUUCUCUGCUGAAGCAAAACAAGUCACUAGAUGCGGAGAAUGUCAGUUGUGUGGGGUCUGUUGAGAAAAGAGGAACCUCAGGCAAUGCUAAAAAUGUAAAGCAGCAUGGCAGAGAAAAUGAAGGACAAAAAAACAUCUCAGCAAAACUUCCAUCCUGGCUAGAAGAGUCUUUCAUGGUCAAUACUUUUCCAUUAAAAGCACCUUGUUCUUUAUUAAUAGAAAAAAACUGGAAGAAUAAACAGUCUCUUAAAGACCCAAUUACACAAGAAAAAGAAAUUGGUAUUGCAGAGUUCCAUGCCCCCAAUAGUAAAAAAACAUCUGACCUGCAUAUUCCAAAGCAUGAGGCACCUUUAGAAGAAGCUAUAUCAGAACCUUGGCAAAAAUUUGCUUCCUCUCCUGAAAUGGAAUCAAACAGAAGAAUGAAAACACAGGAAGACCUAAAAAGUACAGAGAAUUCCCAUCUUCCACUUUCAAAUGGAGAGGAGUUAUCAACUAAUUCGCCAGAAACACAAAGGUGCUUUCCAAACAGAAAUAUACAAAAGGAAAAAGAUUUCCUGGAAAUUGUUCUGGAGACUUCAGAGGUCAAUUUGCUCAUUUCACUAGGAACUAAAGAGCAUAAAAGCAGUGAGCAAGUAGCAAGUGUAAAAACUCAAGAGAGUACAGAAGAUACAGUUAUGAAGGAAAAGAAACCAUUAAUCCUUCAUGUGACAGAAUGUGAUGACCCAAGUGAAAGUGAGAGACUGCAAUGUAACACCAGAAGCAACAUAAAUAUGCAAGAUAAAAGAAUAUUUGCAACGUUUCACAAUGCCACUGACACUACCAUUUCUGGGCCGCCUGAUAUGGAAAUGCAGAGCAGAUUAAAAGCCAAGACAGAUACAUCGACAACAGGGUUUAGUUAUUCAGUGGUAGAGCAAGAGAAAUUACCAGAUGAAAAGAAAGCAUCGGAUGCAAAAUACAUUGAGGAGAGAUGUAUUAAAAAGCCACAAGAACAUGACAGAGAGGAAGAGGAACCAACUUUACAAGAAGCAGUUCCACAGCUGAAACAAGAUUUCAGGGUCGGCCUGCAACUAAGGCAGAAGCCUAAAUAUGUCAGAUUUGAAAUUAAACAGAGCAGUUCAGGUAGUAGAAAAAACCCAAAUAAAGAGCAAGAGGUACAACCACAAACUCUUUCUACAGAAACAAUUGUGGGGACUGGUCCAUGCCCCACAAUGGAUCCAUUUCAAGUUCAGGUAAAGCAAAUCACGGACAGACCUACAGGCAGAGAGACUGCAGAUGCGAAGAAUCCUCUUACAGUGCUAGAGAACUUACCAGUGGGUGGUGUUUUAACUGAUACAACAGAACGUGAUGUCCCAUUUGGUGGAAGCCCCAGAAAGAUACCAGAUGAUCAUAUUGCGGAGGAAAAGGAAGACUUAAAACGAGUUUUCCCUGCAGCUGCCCUGGGGUUGUUCAUCAUCCGCACACUUCCUUUAUCGUCUUUCAAAAGGCAGAAAAUCAGAAGAAAAUGGUCAGGAGCAAAAACGGUACUCGGUCCCAAACUUGUCAUUAUGAAAGUAAAGAAGCCAGCAAAUUUACUGAUGCCUAAUAUCAGUAGGAAUGGUAUACCAAGUCUUAGGAGAAGAUUGAGAGGCAAUUUUAAGAUCAUAACUAAACAGAUACUGCAAGAUAAAAUUGUGUCUGAUGUGCUUGUGAAUGUUACUUACCCCCACAUGUCUACUGUGCCUCGUAUUAGAACGCACAGCAGACUCAAUGCGGAGAAUCCCGGCCAUACCAAGCCAAACCAAGAGGAAUCAGAGCAUGAAAGGGAAGAAAAGCAUUCCAAUUUUAUUAAUAAAGGAAAUGACUCUGGAAACACACUAGAAGAAGCUAAAUUGCAAGAUGAAGUGAGAGGGGACGAAGCAGCUCGACCAGAAGCAGUCCUUCAUGGUCCCUGGCACCUCAGAUUGAAUGCAAAUCCCGAGAAGGAGUUCAAAACAGAGGAAGAAAUGCCUCAACCAGUUACAUCCGGAGAAAGUCUUGUGGAGUCUGUUGACACCCCAAUAAUGGAUCUAUUUCAUGUUGAGAAUAUGAAGAAAAGCCUAGCAACACAAGCAGACUUAAAACGCACUGCAGAUGCGGAGAUACCUCUUCCGACAUCAGGAAAAUCAGUGAUUGGAGACCCUUUAAACCAAACAAGAGAAAGUGAUGUUUUAGAUUAUGGAAAGGAUACAAGGGAAAUGGGUUACUUUUUUGCAGACACAAAGGCAGAACUACCAAAAGAUUUACCAGCAAUGUAUUCAGAGACUUUUAAUUGCCACAUGCCUGUUUUAACUCACUCAAAAGUGAAUAAAAACAGAGUACGAUUCUCACACACAGAAUGUCCAGUGAAGCCCAAGUCUGUACCAACGAAUACAGUGAAGCCGUCAGUUUCACAAGUAUUUAAUAGAACAGGUCAUAGAAAGAAAUUGGACUCCGAGGCGAAGGCCAAGUUGGAGAAGAUCAACCAAGCUAACGGAUUGGUAUAUGACUUUAUAAGUAGCCUUUUUUCUCCUAUGCAUAGCAGAUUACAAGGAGAGACAAACAGCUUCUGUCACGCUCAGUUAAAGCAAGGGCAAUUAGCAGAGGAAGUGAGACCACGGUAUGUUGAUUUCUUUGAUAAGUGUAGUGCAUUCCAUGACCAAGAAGAAAAAGUGAAAGAGGGAGAGGAAGUGGAGCAGAAAACAUUGUUAGAGGCAGCUUCGCAGCAUACCCAGCAUCUCUGGCCCGAUGCAUGUCAAGGGAAGGAGACCCACCCUGACGAACAGUACACAGCACUGAGCAGUUUAACACAGGAGCAAGAUGCUCAGCACCAAACAUGGUUUGCACAAACUGCCUUGCAGACUAGCCUCCAGAUGGCUCCUAGAGAAGGCGAGGAACUCGAGAAACCCAGCCAAACAGAACAUGCCAUAACAGCCCCUAUGGGUGCCGAGAGUCCACCUCCCAAAGCAGCACCAGCUCCAGAGAAUAGCCAAAGCUUCAUAUUCAAUGCGUAUCAGAAGGAGAAUUUUGACCUUGUCCAAUCAGAUGAGGAGCUGAAACAACCACGAAGUCGAAAUCUUCAGGUACAACCACAAAUGCAUGGUACACAAACUGUUUUAAGUUAUGCUUCCUGCCCCAUACUGGAUCAGCUUCAAUUUGGAGAGCUAGAGAGUUACGCUGGGUUUUCACCUCCUAAGUCAGAGGAAGUGAAGAAUGAUGAGAUCAUUUUUUCUGCAAGAGAACAUGGUGUCCCAUCUGAUGCAAAUCACCAAAAGGAACAGGCUGGUGGUGUUGAAAAGAAAGACACAGUGACUUUUGAUUCCUGCCUACCUGCUUUAUCUACACCCCAGAGAAACUUCAAAUAUUCAGACAAGAAAACCUCAGUGAAUACCAAAUAUGGACUUUUAAAGGCAAAGAAACUGUCAGUUUCAAACAUAUUCAAUAUCAAGAGUGCUGUUAGCCCAAACCAUAGAAAAGAAUUGGGAUGUAACCCUAUAACCAAAAUGAAAGAGGUGCAUCACGGAGAAAAAAUGGCAGCUAGAAUGUAUUCUUUCAUGACUAUUACCCCUGACAUUAAUACGUAUAACAAGAUAGAAAGAGAAAAAGAUAUGUUAGGAGAAAGAAGUCUCAGGGCUAAACAAGUAAAGCAAGCAACAUCACCACUGGAAGGGAAUAUUACUUCAGAUGACACCAAAGAAAACAGUGUUCAAGAUGAGGAGGAAGAAACCGGUGACCAGGAGAUAUUAAAAGUAAUUUCACAGCACAGCACACAUUUCAAAUUCUGUUCAGGCCAGAGGGAGGAGCUUGACCUACAUCAAUCAGAAAACCAAAGAAGUGGGAAAAUUCUCUUUGUUAUAGAACAAGACAUCCCACAACAAAUGCAGCCUACAGAUUCCAUGCUGGGAGAGAAGCCAAAGAAAAGCCACCAUCCACAAAAUGGUGCAAUAUAUAUAGCAAGUUCAAAGCUUCCUCCUCUAAAGUCAAAGGACUCACUAAUUGGUCAAGUUUUAGUGGAUACAGUGAAGGGUGGUGUCCCAAGUGUUGGGAGCCAUAUGGGGGAACUGUACCAUCAUGGUAAAGAGGAAAAUGCAGAGUUUAAAAAAAAUCUAGAAGCAACUGUCCUGGAGUAUUCGGAGGUCUCCACGCCUGAUCUGUCUGAAUCGAAAAAGCAGAGAAAGACAUUUACAUGUAGAGCCUUAAAAAAUCAAAUGAGUCCCAAAUGUGUAAUUAUGAAGGCAAGGAAAACGCCAAUUUCAACAAUAUUUAGUAUCUCAGGGAAUGGUUGUCUAAAAAACUUACCUCCAAAGACCCUGAAAUCACAGAACACUGACUUUUUAAUUCAUACAAAGUGCUCUGGGGUACCGGAAGAUCUUAUUGCAGAGAAAAAAGAAGGAUUAGCACAAGAAUUUCCAGCAACGAUUUUGGAGUCUUUGGAUUUAUCCACACUUGCUUUACCUGCAUUGAAAAGAAGGAGAAACCAUUUAAAAUAUACAGAGAAGAGAAAGAAAAUGAGUCUCAAAUGGGUAACUUUGAAGACAAAAAAGCCACCAAUUUCCCAGACACUUCACAUCACAAAACGUGGUAUUCCAAGCCAUAGAAGGCAAUUCAAAUGCAACUUCAGUAUCAUGAUGAAACAAGGUAAACCCGUGGCAGACAAAACCCUAAAUGCCAUCUCCUCUCCCAUGCCUGUUUCACUUGACGUGAAAAUGCAUAACAGAAUAAAAGCAGAGUCAGAUGUGUUGUGGACAAUGAGAUUUAGUCACGAACGGCAACAGCAAGAGCUGUCACCAGAUGGAGAGAGAGCCAGCGGGGCCUUUUCCAGUGACAAGAGGGGCCGUGCCUCCAGGGGCAUGAAGGAGGUCAAAGGCCAACGUGAAGAAGCAGCCCCACGGAGUUCUCAGCACUUCAGUUCCAUCACUGGUAAAAUGGAGGAGCCUCGCUGUGUGAGAUCAGAACUAGAACUGGAGAAUUCAGCAAGGAAAAAAAUCCCAGAACCACUUAACACAGCUCAGGAGCAGCAGCAACAAACACUUUUCACACAAAGCGUGUUGCAUUGUGUUUCCUGCACUAUCUUGAAUUCACUUCCAGUUGAGAAGCUACCAAAAAGAACGAAAGCACAGAAAGGCUUGCAAUAUGCAAAGAGCCCAAAGCUUUUAUCUCCGGAGCUAGGGAAAUCUGUUCGUGAAUCUUUAAUUAUUACAACACAGAGUGACAUCCCAUCUGAAAGAGGCCCUAGAAAGGAACUUGCUAGAUCUACUCCAGAAGGGAAGAGAAGAUUGCAAAAGGAGUUACAAGGGAGAACCUUGAAGUUUUUGGAUUUCACCACUCUAGCUUCAUCUGAUUUUAGAGGGUGGAGAAAGACACCACAAAUCCCCAAAUCUAGAACGGGGAAAGCACAGAUGGCAUCAAUUUUAAAGACGAUCCACAUCGCUAGGUCUACAGCUCUUAGCCAUGGAAAGGAACAGGACUGCGUCUUGGAAAACAUGGCCCCAGAAAUAUCUCAAGCUGAUAACAAAAUAGAUAUUGAAAUGAAGAGCACAUCAAAAGCAGAGACAGAUCAACUAAGAGUAAAUCUGCACAGCCAUAUCCCUGCAAAGCGAAGGAAAUCACCAUGUGAUAGGGAAGCAUGGAACCAGGCCAGCUCAACUAAUAUGCAAAACAGAUCAAGCAAGACAAUGAAAAUGAAUGUGCAACAUGAAAAGGAAGAGGAAAAUAUCCAAAGAAUGUUAUUGGAUUCAGUUCCACACUGUGGGCAACACCACCGCUUCAGCGCCGAUCAAAUGAAAAAUCCUGGUUCUUCCCAAUCAACAUCUGAACUGAAUAAUUCAGAAGUCAGAAGGACUUGGAAUUUGCCUUGGACAGCACAAAAGAUGAGACAAGAAGAAUGCUUUAGAGAAACCGUUUCGGAGCCUGUUUCUAGACACAUGAUGACUUUUCUUCAAGUUGAAACAGAGAAAAAAGGUCUUUCUACUCAAGAAGGAAUAAAAUGUAUGGAACGUGUAAAGACUCCAUUGCCAAAAGCAAGGAAAUCAGAGACCACUUCAAUACAAUGUGGCACUCUAUGGGAUGGAAAUCCUAGGAGACAUUGGGAUAGUCCUAUCUCAGGGAAGAAGGCAUGGAAUCAAAAUGACUUAGUGAGAACAGUCUUAAAACCUUCAGAUUUUUCCAGCCUUGAUUCAUCUGUACCCAAAAGCCAGAGCUAUGCAUUCGAGUUUGUAAGCAAGAGAAGUAUAGUAAGUUCCAAGCAUGUAACUUUGAAGGCAAAGAAACGACCAAGUUCACAAUUGCUUAAUACCACAAGGUGUAUUACAGGAAGCCAUAGAAAGAAAAAGGGGUGCACAUUUCAGUACAAGAUGAAAGGGAGACAGUGGAUUGAAAGUGUUGUAGAGGCGUCACUCCCUGCUGCUGAGGGAACUGAGAUUCCACCAUCCAAGAUAGUGACUGAUAAACACUCAUUCGAUACAAUAGCAAGGAGCACCAUAUAUAACAGAACACUUCACAAAAAUCUGCGUGGUCAUACUACAGAAGAAAAGGCAGAGUUAGGGGGAAACUCUGCCACAACUUUCUUGGGGCCUUUAGACUUCUUCACACCUAUUUUAUCUGACCCUGAAAGCCAGAAAAACACAGUACAGUUAUUAGAAGAGAAAAUCACCUUGAAUAUCAACUGUUCAAUUAUGAAGAAAAAGGAGCCGGCAAUUUCACAAAUACUUAAGAUCAGAAGGCAGUUUACCACAAAAUACAGGAAUAAACCUGGAUCCAAUUUAAAAACGAAAAUGAAACAGAUGAGGCAGGAUAAAAAUGUGGCUAAUACAUUUCCAAAUACCAUUGACUUCACACCGGAUACCCCUGACCUUAGAAGGCAGAGCAGAUUGAAAACAGGGAUUGACAGAGGAUCACAGUUCCAUCACACACAGCCAACACAUAGAGAGCUGCCAACCGAAGGGCUAGUGAUUUCACAACCGCUUCAUGCUACCAGUCGUGCUGCUUUAAGCAAUAAUGAGCGACAGGAAAAGAAGAUAGGCACGAAGAGAGAGAAAACUGUAUUACGUGUGGACCUCAAAUCCGUAUAUGAUUCCAUGCCUAUUUUUUCACACAUAAAAAUGGAGCCAUCACCUAGUACCUGGGGUAUCUCUGAAGAGUCUUCUGAAAAGGGAAAUGCCCUAAACAAAGCAAAUGCUAGCUCUGCUUAUGCCUGCACACCUGUGUAUCUUCAAAUCGUAAAACAUAAAGCUAUGGCAAAAACAGCAGAUGUGAAAAAUAGUAUGCAUACCAAACGGGUAAAAUUGAAAGCAAAGAAGCUACCUGUUUCCCAGCUGUGUCAUACUAUAGGAUGUAGGACCAGAAGAAACAAAAAGGAACAGACAUGUAACAUGAAGAAGCAGAAGAGGGAGUUCUGGCAAGAUAAAACUGUAACAGAUUUACUUCUGAGCACUAUUUGUGAUUCUGGAUCUGGUCCAUCUCAAAUUAAACAGUUUACAGAAGUAAAAAGGGAGAAAGACAGGCCAAGAAAGCCCCUUUACACUCCUCCCCAGCGAAAGCUAGAGAAAUCACUAAGCCAAAGAAAAAUGUCAUCUUCAGAGUCCACUGAUAUUAAGAAUACUAUAUCAAGAAAUAUCAAAACACUGAAACAAUGCAUUAGAGCACAAAAAGAAAAUCACCAAACUCUUUUACUAGACAUUCUCCCUCAAUGUAGAGAACAGUUAGUGAUUGGCCAACAAGUGAAGAAGGAGCUUGACCCCAUGAAAAUAGGAGUAACGUUGGAAAGAGAAGUAUACCCUGGUCUAUCUUCCCAGAAGAGGGAUAUCAAUUACCCUAGGUUCGAUGCCCCAAGAGUUAAAAAACUUACAGGAUGUGAAUUCCUUGUUGCACAAAGAGUGAAGGAAGAAGACAUAGACAUGGUUGAACGUUCGGUUUCAAUUCCAUCGGGGAGACAAGUAUCAGAGAAAACCGAUGCUUCAUUAAGUUCAAAAGGACAGAAUAUAUUUCUUACAGAGUUGAAUGCUUCUCAACAGAAGACUUGCAAGGAGCAAGAAUUGCCAAAACAAGGAAGUGUUUCAAUGACAAAUCUGGGGUCUGUUGCCUACCCCAUUAUGGAACCUUCUCGUUUGGAAAACACAGGAAAGGUAGCUGAGGAAGAGAUGUACACCAGCAAAAAAAAUAUUUCACAUCUAUUGGGAAGAGAAGAUAUAGAAGAAACUGAUAUCUUCCAAGGCUCAAAAGGACAGAAGUUUCUUUACACCAAUCUGGUGGCCCAGCAAAAUAUAUCUGCAGUGCAGAAAGGAGAGAUGGAGCCAGAUGACAUUCCUGAAAGUACUGUGGAUUCUGUAUCUUGCCCAAAUAGGGAUAAUCAUUUCCAGAUAACACAGGUGGUAAAUACAAGGAAGGAAGAUGUAAGCAUUCCUAUAAAUUUAUAUGUAAAUCCAUGGAGAAAAGAGCAAUCACAGGUAACUGAUAGUCCAUUGAGAUUAAAUGAAAAGAAAAUGAUUUUUUCUGGAAAACUGAAGGCGAAGCAACUACAUAGGUCUAACCAGAAUAAAAAAAAUAUUCUGGAAUCCAUUUCUUCAUGCAUAGUGCAUCGACUCCAUAAUAAUAAGCUAAAGAAAAAUGUCUCAGCGAAAGGAAGGAGUUCAAAAGUUUUGAGUUCAGUGGUAGAUGAAGCAUCAAAUAAAGCAGAUACUCCAGUAGACCAACCUCCGUGCUCAGAAGGAGUUGACUUGCACAACAGGAGAAGAAAAGAACCUCAAAAAGAAAGUACAUGCAAGGCUCUUCCAACAUCUGUUUCUUAUUCCUUGACAGAUGUCCUUCAGAUGAAAUUGCCAUGUGUAAAGGAAGCAUUAAAGGCUCCAAUGUACCACACUUCAAAUACAGAAGGAAUUGGCUUGCCUGUUGAGGGAAAAGAAGAAAAGCAACCAGAAUGUAUACACCAGAUUUCUCCAAAACCUGCUUCUCACUCUUUGAGGGACAUAUUUCAGAGCAAGAUGCCAUGUAAAGAGAAGGCAUCAAAAGAAGUAGUUAGCACCAUGGAUUACAUUCCAAGUACAGAACAAAUUGGCUCGUUCAUUACAAGACAAGACAGCAAGGUGCGGAUAGGUAAAGGUAAACCAUGUAUGAAACCGACAAGCUUGUGUGCUUCCUUACCAUCUCUACCACAUACUGAUGUGAAUUCAAGAAUAAAAGUAGGGCAAGGUAAGUCUGGAAUACUAAAGAGCUGCCUUCUACCGUUAAAGUCCCAGGUAUCAUCAAGUGUCAGGAAAACACUAUUUGCAAAGUCAAUUAAUAGAGAUAGUUUAAGCCGUGUAAUAGAAUCAAAACAUUUGCCACAGGGAAAAAAGGAAGAUGGAGAAAAUAUAGUAUAUGUGAAAGACAUCAUGGGCCUCAAAUGUGUCACUUUUAAAGGAAAGAAAACACCUUUUAAAUAUAUACUGCAUGGAAAAGAGCCACAGUGGAAUAACAAAGAACAAGAGGAAACGAUGCAGAAAGAUAAAAGUGAUCUAGACAUGGUUCAGAAUAAACACCAUGCUUCCUUUCCUUCUUCACCGCACCUGGAACGGAUGCCUGGAAUAAAGGAGGUCCUCAUGCGAGGAAUCGCAGGAUUUUGUCUUCCAUCACUGACACUCAAGGAAUUAUCUGAUGCAAUGGGAGUACGUGAGGAGCCAACUGAUGAUAUUUUAAGCAGUAUAAAAAAAGCAAAAUAUGUGCCACGGAGAGAUAGAGUAGAAAUGGCUUUGGAAGAAAUAAUGCAACCCAAAAGAAUAGCUUUGAAAGUGAAACAGUCUCGAAUCACACAGGAAUUACAGUUGAACAUCAAAGAAAAUGAGAAAAACAUGCAGGAACGUAAAGAUAAUCAAGUUGGGAUUCGGAACACAUCUUGUAUUUCCGUCUCUUUUCCAUCUCACUCAGAAGUGGACAUAAGAAUAACAGGGGAAGAAACCAGGCUAAUAAAAAGAAGGUCCUCUUUUCUACAACCAGAACUCCAGGAGUCAUCAGAUAUAGAAAAAAUAGCAUACAAAGAGUCUGUUUAUGGUGAUAUCUCAAGCAACAUAAAUAAAGCCAAAGAGCAUAUAAUGCAGGAAGAAGAGGAGAGAGUAAAAAAGGAAGAAGUCAUACCUUUCAGGGAAAAGAAAUCACCAAUUUCACAGGAAACCCAGCUGGAUAUUGAAGAGCAAGAGACAAAGGUACAAAAAAUUAAAGAUGAACCAAAUGUCCUUGUGAGCAAUACCAGCCCUUGCAUAAUUGCUCCUUCUCAUUUAAAGUUGGGUACAAGAAUUCAAACAGCAGACUCUCUAACUGAAGUUGCAAGAUACUGUAUUCCAGAACUAUCACACCAGAAAUCAUCAGAUGCAGUGAAAAAAGCAAAUAAAGAGUCCAUUGAUGACCAUGCCGCAAGUGAUGUACAAGAAGCAAAAGACUAUGUGCCACAGAAAGAAGGGAGUGAUGUAGAGAUAUCAGCUGAGAGAGACGUGAUGCAUCCAAAAGAUAAAGAUUUAAAAAGAAAGCAAGCACUUUCACAGGACAUACCACCGGAUCUUAAAGAGCAGGUGAACGUGGAUCCGGAAAGUGAAGAGCAGGGGAGAAUGGAGGGAGGAGGUAAAGGUGAACGGGAAGUGGUUCUGCCCACACACGGGGCUUCUGAAUCUUCUCUAAGUCACCAUGAAUUGGACACAAGAAUAGAAGGAGAGGAAGACAGCCAAGGAAUAACAAGACCUGCUGUUUCACAACUACUGUUACAGAAAUCAUUUGAGGCAGGGAAAACAGCAUAUACAAAGUCAACUGGGGAUGAUAUCUCAAAGGAUCUAAGAGUAGUGCAAGAGUAUGAGCCAGGGAAAGGAGAAGAUGGAAGAAAAAUAGUAAAUAUGAAAUAUCUAAUGUAUCCCAAAGGCACAACUUCCAAGGAAAAGGUAUUACCACUCCCACAUGUACUCUAUACCUCUGGGAGCUGUGGCUCCCAAAUUGUAGAAGUACAGACAAAAAUGAAGGAAAAAUUAGGAAACCUACAGGAAAGAAGCAAACUAGAUAAGCUUCUGACAAGAACUUCUCUACUUCCAUUUAAGUUAAACAAAGGUAUAGGAGGCAAGGAAGAGAAAGAAGGAGUAACAAGACCCUCUCUUCCACCCUCAUGGCACAAGGAAUCAUCACAUGCCGAGGAAUUAAAAUAUACAGUACCAUCUUUGAAUGGCAUCGCAAGCAGUUCAAAAAGAACAGAAUACAUGACACAAACAGAAGAGGAGAAAGCAAAUACUUUUGAGGAAGACAUAAUGCACCCCAGGUACAUAGCUUUGAGGGCAAAGAAAUCACCCCUUUUCCUUAUACUCAAAACAAAGAAACUGCAAGUCAACAUCAAAGAACAAGGGGAAGUGGGGCAAGAAGAUAACGAGGACACUGUUGUGCUUCUGAGCAGAAUUCAUCCUUUCAUCACUUCUUCAACUCAUCUUAAGUGGGACACAAUAAAAGAUGAGGAGGGUGAGCCAGGAAUAAUAAGAAAUGAUGUGCCACAUCUUGAGCUCCAAGAAUCAUUGCCUUCAGGGCGAGUGGCACCUACAGAGUCAUCUGAUAGCCAUGUGAUAAAAGAAGAACAACACCCACGACAGGAAGAAAGGAACAGAGUACAAACAGAAGCCACAGAUGGCUCAAUGCGGCCCAGUGGCACAGAUUGUAAGGCAAAGAUAUCACCACCUCCUCCUGUGUUCAGGGUUACUGAGCACAGUGCUUUGAACAACAGAAAGGAACCACAGUGGAGCAUGAUGGAGAAAGUAGAACAAGAGCAGCAAAGAACAGUUGACCCUGAUGUGGCUCGGACAAAAACUCCUCCUUCCACACCUUCCCCACCUCACCACAGAUGCUCUCCUUCACAAUUGCUGUGCCCUGAGUCAUCAGAUGCAGGAAAAACCAGACAUGCAGAUUCCAAUGAGGGCAUUGGCUCUUUCGAUGUAACAAUAAAAAUUAAUCAGCCUAUGCCAUAUACAAAGGUAAAGAACAGAGUAAAAAUAAAAGAUGGGGAAGGUAGAAGAUUCCCAAAAAUAAUCACUUUGAGAGCAGAGAUAUCCUCACCUCUACAUCUAUCCAGUAGAAAGAGACUACCUUUGUAUAUUAAAGAGCAAGGGAAAGAAGUGCAAGAAGGCAAAAGUGAACCAGAAAUGGUUCUGAAGGAAGCCUGUGCCUCCUUGCCUUCUCCAUCUUGCCUGAAAUGGGACGGGCAAAUGAAUGAAAAGGAAGACACAUUAGAAAAAACACACUUCACUUUUCCACCAUCAAAGAUUCAGGAUCCAUCCAAUUCAGGCAAAGAAGCAUAUACUAAGUCAUUUUAUGGUGAGUUAAAAGAGAAGGAUAGACUCAAAAUAGAUAUUGAAGACAAAAUGAUCCCAAGAUGUAUGGCUCUGAAGGCAAAGGAAGUACCCCUUUCACAUAUACUAGAUACCAAAAAAUUGCAGUGGAAAAUGAAAGAGCAAGAGAGAAAGAUGCAGAAAAAGAAAAAUGACCUCGUUGAAAAUCUGGGAAACAUCUGUACUUCUUUACUGACUCUACCAUAUCUUAACUUUGGCAAAACAGGAGAGGGGUACAUGAUAAGAAUUACAAAUGUGCCUCUCCCACAACUACAGUCCAAGGAAUCACUAGAUGCAGUGAAAACAGCAUAUGCAGAAACAACUGAUGGAGAACUUUCAAAUGAUGUAAAAGAAUUAAAAGAACAUACGUUACAGAAAGAAGUGAGAGAUGGAGAGAAAAACGUGGAGAUGAAUAGUACAGUGGCUCCCAGUGAUAGGCAUUUAAAAGAAAAGAGAUCACCUAUUUUACUUAGAUACAAUCUAAGUGACCAUCCGUGGAAAACUAAAGACCAAGAGGGAAUGGCUCAGGAAGGUCAGCGUGAGCCAGGUGGUACAAUACCAACUAAGACUUGUACUUGUACUUGUAGAUCUUCCCUACUUCACCUUUACAAGAAUCCCAGAUGUGAGAAAAAGAGAAUGGCCAUAUUAACAAGAUCCUCUCUUUCCCCAGUCAACUUCCAGGAAUCAUCAGAUUCUGAAGAUGUGGAAAGUGUAGAGCCAACUGCUAGAGAUAUUUUAAUCAGUCCACAAAAAGGAAAAGAUCAGAUGCCCCAGAACAAGGAGGGGGGUGAAGUAGAAACAGUAAACCUCGUGUUCCCCAAACAUCAAGAAAAGAAGAUACAAGGAAGUAAAGAUGAACCAGGUGUGGUUCUGGCCAACACUUCCUCUCCAUCUUUGUCUCUCCCUCUCCUCCAAUUGGAUAAAGAAAUACAGGUAGAUGAUGAAAUGUUAGUAGCUACAAGGUCUGUUGUGCAGAGAGUAUCAAAUGCCAGAGAAAUAGUACAUACAGAAGCAAUCGGUGGUGAUGUCUUGCAAGAUAGUCAAAAUGCAAAACAAUGUAUGCCUCAGGAAGAGGAGAAGGACAGAGAAAAAACAAAUAUGAAAAGUAUGGCGCAUAUCACAGAUAUAAUCUUGAAGUCAAAGAAAUCACCUCCUUCACGUAUGCUCCAUAGAACAGAAUUGCAUCUAAUCAUUGGAGGGCAAGAACCAAAGAAACAUGACGGUCAAGGUAAACCACCCUGUACAGUGCUCAGAAAAAUUUAUGUUUCCAAACAUUCAGCUAACCCUACAUUAGAUAAAGGUACACAAGUAAAUGAAAAAAUGCUUGGAAUUAGAAGGCCCUCUCUACUUCCAUGCAUGCUUUCAGCAUUAUUAGGUGCAGGGGCAAUUCGUGAUGUAAGAGAAAGAAAACAACAUAUGUCACAGAAAGAAAAAAAGUAUGAAGUGAAAACAGUUGAUAUGAGGAUUAGGAUGCAUCGCAAAGAGGCCAGGAUUUCAUCAAUUUCCCAUAUCUUUAACACAAAGGAAUUUGUGUUGAAUAUUAAAGAACAAAAGGAAAAUAUGUGCAAAGGUGAAGAUGAGCUACCUAUAGUUCUGACAAGGACUUUUCUUUCCAUCCCAUCAGCACCUGCCCUUUAUCUAGACUCAGGGAACAAAAUAGACAAAGAUGUACCAGGAGCUACAGGAUCCUCUCCUUUCCAGCAAAAUCUCCAGGAAUCAUCAGAUACCCAGAAAACAGCAAUUACAGAGCUAGUUGCUGGUGAUAGUGAAAUCGUUGUGAAGAAAGUCAAACACUCUGUGCCACAAGAAGAGACAGUGCAACAGUGGACAUCCAACUUCAUGGUCAGUGUACAGCGAAGGAAUGAACCUCCACGAGUCAAAUCUGAAGGAGACUUGAGUCUGUUAGUUUUAAAUUCACAGCAUGAGGACAUUUAUUUAACAGGAUUUGGUACCAUAAGUGGGAAAAGGCUGGAAUAUUUCUUUACAGGGCAAGAGGCUCGACCAGAAAAAUACAAAACAGAAACUUUUACUACGUUUCUUUCCUACCCCACAAUGGAUCCAGCUAAGAUGGCCAACCUGAAGAAAGAAACUGAAAUAAUGGAUGAUUUAAACCAUAAAAGGAGUCCUAAGAGUUUAGUUUCACCACCAAGGAAAAUAUCCAAGGAAAUAUAUGUCACAUUUGGUACCCCUGUACGUGCAAAAGGAUUUUCUGUUUCAGAGCAAGAUGCCCCCCAACAAAAAACGUUAUCCAAGGCAUCUCCAGGAUCUGGAAAUUCAUACACAUCUGAUAAGCCAGAGAAAGAGGUACAAAAUCAUGAUAAAAUGAGCAAAAUGCCCUCUUCCAAAGCAUUAGCCCUACAGACAAAGGGAUCGCUUGAGAAAAUGAAUAUCACAGAGUCAGAUACUCUCCCAAUUAUAGAAGAACAAGAGAUUGUUGUGAAAAAGCAAGUGGUGUUACAGUCUGAAAGGGGACAUGAGACCUGCCUGGAUUCCAGCCUUUCUCUUAAACUCCCACUUAAAGAUGGAAGGCAGAAGACGCAAUUGGAAACAGAUGUAUGCAAGCAAACUAUGGUGUACCCCAGAAUACAAAUACUACCAGGAACACAUGUGGGUAUUACAGUGUUUGAUACCCUCGGAGGGAAAAAAGAGCAGGCAUUGCUGGUGCCAGAACAAAAGGAAUGCAUUCUAGAAUCAUGUCAGAAGCCUCUUCCCUCCCACUGGACUUUUCCAGCUCAAUCUGAAGAUCUGGAAGGAAAAAAUAAAAUGGACACCAGUACUAUUAUAAAUCUGGAGCAAAAAACAUUAGAACUGGAAGAAGGGGAAUUAAAAAUAGACACAAACAUAGCUAUCUGUCUGGAAAAGGACAAAACAGAAAUGCACAAACACAUCAUUGUCAGUCUAGAGGAGAACUUAAAAAGGGACACAAAUAAUGUUGUAAAUGGGAACACUCCAUCUCCAAAGGCAGAGGAGUCUCAAAUUAACACUCAGGUGAUCACUCGUAUAGGAAACAGCUGCCCAAUCAAGCAAAAACAUAAAAAGGACCUAGAAGUCCCUGGUGCAAAACAAAAUAUUCAGCCACGAAAAAUGUUUCAAAAACAUAUUCUGGAUUCAUUUUAUGCCUACAUUCCUCUUUCUCUCAAGUUUGAAGGCCGGAAAGGCAGAUUAACAAUAGCAGAUUUGAAGAGAGAACUGAGCCCCAAAUAUUUAACUAUGAAAAUCCAAAACCACCCAAUUUCACAGAUUCUUAAUAACACAGGACGUGGUAUUCCAAGCAAUAGAAAGAAAUUAGAGUAUGACUUCAGCGGACCAAAGAAAACAGUUUUGUGGCGUGAAGAUACUUCAGGAAUAUGUAUCAGAAAUCUUUCUAUUUCCACGGUGAAUUCAUCUCAGACUGAAGAAACAGCAGAAUCUGAGACAAACCUAGAAAGAGAAAAGAUACUCUGUCUUUCUGAAUUCCAACAGAAAUCACCAAGCACUAGUGACAUUAAGAGGAAUAGCUCAAGCAUUGUAAAAGAAGGGUGUCCUCCCUUCCCCCCACUGUCAAAAUCAGAAACAAACCUCAGCCGUGAAGCAAAGGAAAACAUUUUGAUUCCACAAACAAAAGAAGAAAACGUUGUUCCAGGGCUUGAUAGCUCAAGGAUCAUAAAGGAACCCUACUUGCUUAUGACUGAGGAAGAAGAAAAGGCACCAAAACCCAUUCUGACGCCCACAGAGUGUCCACUCAUGUCUGAUGAGCCAAAGGCACCAAAACAGGGGGAUCAGAGUGAACCUAUCCAGGACACGACGACACCAAAGGUCCAGCAACAAAAAACUUUUCCAGGAAGUGGGCCUGUACCAUCCCAAGUUAAAAGUAAUGAAAUAAAAGUAGUGGCAGAAAGGACAAGUGCUGAAAGUUUACUUCCUCUUUAUGAAGCAGUUAAAAAUAUCUUGGAAUCCCAGAUAAAAAACAUGAUUCAGGACGAAAUUUGUGAGGAUAUACUGGAAAAAAUAAAAGCUCAUAAGCCUGAUGCUUGGAAGUCACCAUCUUUUGCAGGAAGUUCAGAUACAACAUCCACAACAAAACCUCCCAAAUUGCAGCCAAAACUCAUUUUGGAACGUCUUCUUCCCAAAGAAAACAAUAAGCUCACUAAUCAUUUAGAGUCAAAAGCGUUUGAAAUAAAACUGAAUCUGAUACCAGAGAUAGCAAAAAAAUCUUUCCACAACUUCAACUUUUAUCUAAAACAGUCUAUUUCAGAACAUAACAGUUGGAGGCUAUAUCCAAGACAUAAAAAAAUGUGCUUUUUGUCUCUAGAAGGGAUUGAUGCUACAGAACCUAAUUUAAAUCAGAAAUACCCCAAGGAUUCACCUCCUGUCCGCUGUAUGAAGACAUUGAUUGUCAAUGUUUCAAGUGACGGCAAAGAGAUCAUUGCAAACCAAAAGAGUAUUAGAAAGCUAGAAAGUGGAGCAUCUUCAGCGACUUCUGCUAAUGAGAUGCCAUUGACUCCUAUUCUUCCAAACUACUCAGCAGAAGAAAAAGACAAACUUUUCGUACACUUUUCUAUAAAAACAUUAGAGAUUCAAAUGACAGCCUUUCCCAGAAUUGUAAGAGAAUCCUACACAAUGGCCAAUGCUCAGAAUACAAAGAAACCUUUAUCUAAAUUUGUUAGUUCUGGUACCAAAGUACCAAAACGAAAAAACAAAGUUUUGUUACUUUUCGAGGAAAAAUCUCUUCAUCAAAUAGAUCUUGAUUUGCAAUACAAAUACCUUCAUUUUCUCCUGGGGCUUCCAGUCAAAAGUAUGUUCCCUAAACCAAAUGCACUUCCCAAACAUAUCCUGAAGUUAAACACAGUUGCAAUUUGUAAAAAUAGAGAUUACAGGGGAGAAAGCGGUGGUGGUCUUUGCAUUGACACAGAACCGUUAGUACAGCACAUCUCUUCCAAAAAGCAAAGUCCCCAUGAAAACUCAUCAUUGAUGAAAAAAUUCCUCAAGCCAACCCAUGUGUGCACUUCUAACGCUGAUCAACAGGCCACAGCUCAGAAAGAUAGUACAGUUCUUUCAGAGUUAAAGUCUCAUGUGACUCCAGAAAAAGAUAAACAAUGUCAUGGGUGGUUUCAAGAAACAAAUACGUAUAAAUAUUUUGAUCCAAAGACUCAGGAAAGUGCUCCCCAUUUAGUUGAUUCCCAUUCAAUUCCGAUUUCUGAAGAUUCUGCUGAGAGUCAGACAAAUAUUGAGAGUCUAGCCAACUUGGAGGCAUGCUCAGCUCUUGAAGUAUAUGGGAGCAAAGAAUGUAUGUUCUUAGAAGCAAACCCAUAUUUAAGUCAGGAAUCCCAAAACAUUCUGUUUGAAUUACAGAAAGGCAUUCCUUUGGAAAAUCUCUACAAGAUGAGAAAAAGCAAAACUAAUUUGAAACCAUUUUACAGGGAAUAUUCAGGUUCCCAUCAUGGUGUCAGAGGCUGUAGAAAACAUUCCUCAAUUGUGACACCUUCUUAUAAAUCCCACAAAAGCAGGAAAUACGGGUCAUCUGACACAACGCCAUUUCCUGACUGGUUGUGCUAUGGUUCAUUAAAUACUGUAGACGUUCCAUCUAGCUCAUCUUCUGUUCCAUUCAGUGAAGGGAAGUCUUCAUGGUCUGCAGGGCACAGAACCACCUACUCUUUAGCUCCCUUAACGGAAUCAAAUAUCAAAUUACAUCUUGCAAAAAGCCAAGGCAAACCUUACAGUCAUCUUGAAAGCAAAGAAAGAAAGAAGGCAAAGUUGGAUUUAUUUCGAAAGAACAACCUUCAUUGGGAGUGUGAUUACAGUUAUACACAGAAUAAAGAGAAAUGCACAAGAAAGAAAAAAGUAUGUAAUUAUGAGUCAGAAAGAUUGAAUCAUUAUGCAAGCAAACCUAAGUUACCAUCAAAGCCUCAUCAAGAGGAUGUCUACUUCCAUUCUGAAAGCAAACAAAACCAGCCAUUUUUUUAUGCCUGUAUACCAGCAGAUUCGCUGGAGAUUAUGCCUCAAACCAUUCGCUGGACUAUUCCAAGAACUUUAAAGAAGACAAACUUCAGAGUUCCUCUGGUGGCAAAGAUUUCAAGUUCGUGCAAUAUAUGGACUUCAUCCAAAAAGCUCUUGGGGUCUCUCUUGGAGUCCUUCAGUCCGCAGCAGCUCAUUGACCUACAUGUGAUCACCAUCUGCCAUCACGAGGGGGGCGGGCAUCAAAUCAUACUGGGCGCUCGCUCCGGAGCAUUGCCACUGUGCAGGAACAUCCUCCGGGAGGGGCAGGAAGCGAUUCUGCAGCACUACCAGGGAAAGGGAGACUACCUCCCAGUCAUCCUGCCUGGAUGUCGCCUGGAAGAGGCGACUAAUUGGAACUUCCCUUCUGUUCUUUCCCCUGGCAUCGAUGCCAAUGCCUUUUCUAUAGAUCCCACCGAGUUGCUAUUAGCAUUAAACAAGCAGCCCACGGCAGGCAGUGAUGAAAUCGCCGAUCAGGGUAUUUUCUGGGAGCGCAUGCCCGCUGAUGAGAGGCAUGGGACUAGUGAAGAAAUGCACAUCAUCUGGAGGUUUCCAGGAGAGCUUAUGAGCAGGUUAGAUCAGUCAGAACUUCCCCCAGAUCCCGAAGCUCAGCCACAGCAAAGGCUGGGAUGUGACUGCCGUUGGAAGCCCCCAACAGCACUAUUUGUGGAGAAGGCCCCCGAAUCCCUGCUGCUGAAAUCUCUGGGGCCAAAGCAGCCCUGGGUCCUUAUUUCUCAAGCCCCAAACUCAGUAUUUGCAUUUGAUUCAAUCGGCACUGACCGUGUGCCAGGGGACAGCUGUGGACUCGGGCUUCAAACCUCUAGGCUCUUUCUCAACCUUAGAGCAGGAAUUUCCAGGGGCCUAGAGUCUCUGUGUUUCAAAGCUUCCAGAUCUGCCCCUGCUCUCGGGCUGCCUCUCAAUCCGGCUGUGCCUGGCCUGCUCGCAUCUGAGAAGAGGCAUAAUAAUAGCAUCUACUUCACAGAGACUAUUGCCAGGACUGGAAGAAUCAAUGCACUGCACCAGAGCGGGGCUUGGAACCAGUACACGUCCUGCAGUUACUAUUUUGAUGCCCAUCAGUGA